AUGGCUCUUGUUGGGUUGCUCUUGAUGGGUUUUCUCACAAUGUUCACCUCUGCUCAUGCUUAUGAUGGAGGGUGGACUAGUGCUCAUGCCACCUUCUACGGAGGGAGUGAUGCGUCAGGGACAAUGGGUGGGGCAUGUGGGUAUGGGAACCUCUACAGUCAAGGAUAUGGAACAAACACUGCUGCUUUGAGCACUGCACUGUUCAACAAUGGGUUGAGCUGUGGCUCUUGCUUUGAGAUUAGGUGUGCCAAUGACCACAACUGGUGUCUUCCAGGCUCCAUUAUGGUCACUGCCACCAAUUUCUGUCCACCCAACAAUGCCUUACCGAACAAUGCUGGUGGCUGGUGUAACCCUCCCCUUCAACACUUUGAUCUCGCUCAACCUGUCUUCUUACGCAUUGCUCAAUACCGUGCUGGAAUUGUGCCUGUAUCCUUCAGGAGGGUGCCCUGCAUGAGAAAGGGAGGGAUAAGGUUCACCAUCAAUGGACAUUCCUACUUCAACCUAGUCCUCAUCACUAACGUUGGUGGUGCUGGGGAUGUGCAUGGUGUGGCAAUAAAAGGAUCAAAAACUGGUUGGAUGCAAAUGUCAAGGAACUGGGGUCAGAAUUGGCAGAGCAACAACUAUUUGAAUGGUCAAAGCCUCUCUUUCAAGGUUACCACCAGUGACGGCCGAACUGUGGUGUCCUACAAUGUUGCCCCAGCAGGGUAA